CCAGCUGACGCUGAGAGCUCGCUCAGCUCAGUUUGGAGCGAUCAUAAAAUCGCGCAAAGGAAGAGAGAGAGAAAAAGAGAGAGAGUAAGAGAAGGAGAGAAAGAGAGACUGGAGAAUUAAACAGGACAAGUACGGGAACUUGAUAAAAAGGGCGUAAAAGGGUUAGCUGGACCGGAAGGUGGAGUGAUCGUUAUCGGUGUUUACUCAAGUGUGCGUGAGGUGGUGGGUGCCAAGUUUAGUUUUGUGUCAUAUCGUGUGUAGUAAAAACGGGUGCUUACAAUCUCCAUCAGGAAAUAAACGAAUUCCGAUAUAUACAUCGAGAAUAGAAUAGAGGAUAAGUGUACAAUAAUUAAAGGACCAAACCAGGACGGGACAGAACGGCACGAUUUUAGGCGAAAUAUCUCCAGUAUGGCGGGACAAACGAUAAGCGACAGAUUAUUGGCAGCAAGGCACAGCAUUGCCGGACAGGGCCUUGCAAAAGCUGUUUGUAAAGCAACCACCGAGGAAAUGAUAGGACCGAAGAAAAAACAUUUGGAUUAUUUAAUACAUUGCACGAAUGAGCCAAAUGUAUCGAUUCCACAAUUAGCCAAUUUAUUGAUAGAACGGUCACAAAAUACAAAUUGGACGGUGGUUUUUAAAGCUCUCAUCACUGUGCAUCACAUGCUCUGCUAUGGAAAUGAGAGGUUCACACAGUACCUGGCAUCUAGCAACAGUACAUUUCAGCUCAGUAAUUUUCUCGAUAAGAGCGGUGUACAAGCUGGAGCUCGAGUCGGAUAUGACAUGUCACCAUUCAUUAGACGAUAUGCCAAAUACCUGAAUGAGAAAGCCCUGUCCUACAGAACAGUUGCUUUUGAUUUCUGCAAAGUUAAAAGGGGGAAGGAAGAUGGAACAUUACGCACAAUGAAUGCAGAGAAACUAUUAAAAACUUUGCCAGCAUUGCAAUCACAACUUGAUGCAUUAUUGGAAUUUGACUGUACAUCGAAUGAUCUUACAAAUGGUGUUAUUAAUAUGGCCUUUAUGCUUCUAUUUCGAGAUCUAAUUCGUCUAUUUGCUGGCUAUAACGAUGGAAUUAUUAAUCUUUUAGAAAAAUACUUUGAUAUGAAUAAGAAGCAGUGUAGAGACGCGUUAGAUUUGUACAAAAAAUUCCUGAUUAGAAUGGAUAGAGUCGGGGAAUUCCUUAAAGUAGCAGAGAAUGUGGGAAUCGAUAAAGGCGACAUUCCAGACCUCACAAAGGCACCCAGCAGUUUAUUAGAUGCCUUAGAACAACAUCUUGCAGCCCUUGAAGGAAAGAAGGGUUCAGCUGCAAAUACACCGACACAAUCGGCAAGCAAUAGAACGAAUGUAAAGUCGGGAGUGUCCGCCCUAUCUUCCACCAGUACGGCAUUUGGAACUGCUGCCAGUAAUCAGCGUUUGGAACACACUGGAAAUGGUCACAUAGAUGAGGCUUUGAGGCAACAAGCACUUGCUGAGGAGGAAGCGGCCAUGAAUCAAUACAAGGCUAAAGUCCAGUCCCCAACUGGAGGACCAAGUACGAAUCCAUUCCUCAGCUCGCCUACAAAUAAUGCCAGUCAACCAAUUGUAGAUUUAUUUGCUCCUGGGCCAACUGCUGAUCUGUCACAGAAAGCAUCAGACGAUCUUCUGCAAUUAGCAGGAAAUCCAUUUGCAGAUAUGUUUGGUGCACCUGCUACGCAACCAGCUCCAGUACAAAGUAAUAUGUGGAUGGCCAACGGUAACGGUUUCACCGCCGCACUACCACCAUCUAAUAACUUUGUUACAGAUAACAACUUUUCGUCUGUUUUUGGAAAUCAAGAUCAACAAACGGCUGCUGUCUCUGGAACAGCCGUACCUAAUCCCUUCAUGUCCGACUUUCCUGCUUCCGGUCCUCAAGCUACGAAUGCAGCAGCUCUUGGCAUGUUUGACCAAGAUGUAACUGACCCACCUGGCAGCGGUGAUAAUCAACCGCAAGGUGGAGACCCAUUCAGUGCUGGCGGCCAGGCAGAUCUCUUUGGAAGCGACUCAGCAAUGCUCAAGGCCAUUGACGGGAGUGACGCUGACAUUGCUACCGGUAGUUUACCACCAUUACAACCACCACCGGGAGCAAUGUCAUCAUCGUCUCUUACCACUGGCAAGUCCAAUGCAACGCCGCCUCCCAGACCACCGCCUCCCGCGUCAGCUGCUAAUGGUACACCACGUGCAAUGUCUCCGGCAGUUGGUGGCGGGACAUCACCUGGUAGGCCAGCGUCAGCUACAUCAACAACAACCACUGCGGCUGCUGCUGCUGCAUCAUCAUCGGCGGCCCAAAAUAAAAGUGCAUUCGACGAUUUAAACGACAGUAUUCGUAUGGCACUGGGUGGUUCUCCAUCUCGUCCAGCUCCCAUUUCCCAGCAGGUCCCUCCUGUUCAAUCAGCGCAGCAACCUGUACAACCUCAGGGAUUUGCCAUGUUUGAUAUGGGAGGUAGUAUGGGGGGCGCUGGACAGCCUGUAAUGGCAGGUGCGCCCAUGGUUGGUUACGGAGUACCAUCCUCCCAAACCCAAGUUCCUGUGGGAUACGGCUCCCCGUCAAAGCAGCCUAUGUCAGGUGCUCAGCAACCAAAUGCAGUUGCAAGUGGAAAAGUUUUAACAGGCGACUUAGAUAGUAGCCUUGCUAGUCUUGCGGAAAAUCUUUCCAUUAAUAAGAGUGCACAGCAACAAGUCAAAGGAAUGCAGUGGAACUCGCCUAAAAAUACUGCUAAAGCAGGACAGGCUGGAUGGACGCCACAACCAAUGGCAGCUACAACUGGAGCAGGAUAUCGUCCAAUGGGUCAAGGAAUGAUGCAACUUCCUUCAACAACCACAUUGGGAUAUUCCCCUCAAUCCACAGCACUGGGUAUGCAGGGAAUGCCUGUGGGUAUGCAGGGUAUGAGACCAAUGAUGGGUGCAAUACCUGGUGCCCCAGCCGCGGGUAGCGGAAUGAUGGUUGCAGGAGGAGCAGCUCCUAUGAUGAUGGGAGCAAACCCAGCUAUGGGUGCUCCUCUUCAACAACAAACUCCACAACCCACUGCUCAACCACAAAACAAUGCAGUUCAACUCGACCCCUUUGGUGCUCUGUGAGGGGAUUAGGACUUCAAUUGGCACUGAGAAGACGGAGUAUUGUGCUUGUAAAUAUUGUGUAAUAUGCCUAAAAAAUCGGUCCUAUUUUUUUUCUUUGACAUUAUCUUCAUCUUCGAACAUUUUUAUUGUCCCAUUUCUUUUUUUUUAAUUACACCAUUUUUACCCUCUGUGAAUAUGGCCAAGACUUAUUUCCAUCUUCUGUUAACCUGAUAAUGAUAAUGAUGAUGAUGAUGAUGAUGAUGAUGAUGAUCGAGUUGGUGCAUCGCUGAUAUCUCUACUACUGGCCCUGCCUUAAAUUUUACGUAGCUAUGUAUAAAAUUGUACAAGAUGGCCCAUAGUGCUUAUAUAUAGAAUUAUAUGAGUGCAUUGCAUACAAUUUUUGUUUACAAUGACCAAGACAAUUAUUGUGAUGAAAUUUUAUGCCUCUUUUUUUUAAUUAGUAAUUGUGUAGGAAUUGAUUUUUUUAAUUCUUAUUAGAAACUGGAUUUUAUGAUUCAAUUUUUAUAUAAAUAUUUUGAAAUAUAUCUUUAAAUAUUUUGGAAUAUCUAUUAAACGUUAUCAAAUUUUAAAUUAAUAAAUUCCAGUUUCAAUAGUAUGGAAAUUCUUCGAUUUUUUUUUUUUAAUCAACAUCACAUUUUAUAAUCAAAUACUGAUUUCGUGUGUUAUAUGAAAUAAUUUAUUGUAUCUUGGCCAUUUCAUUGCUUUUUUUGAAAAGUGAGUUUUAAAAAAAAGUUGCUUUUUAAGCAAAAAAAAAAAAAGUAACAUUAAAAAAAGAAGAAUGCUUUUUAUGAAAAAGUAACGAUUGCUUUUUUAAAGUAAUAAAUUUUAAAAGCUAUUUAAAAUACAAUUUAUUAUUGUCGCGUAUCUGAAUUUGUUGUACAUUAUUUUUUAUUCAGUGCGUUUUUGAAUUUUUUUUUUUGAUUUGUCCAAAUAAUGGCAAAUUAUCGAUAAAAGGUACUCUUUUUGUUAAAGUAUUAAAUCUUAACUUUAAUAGAUUAAUAAUGUGUAAUCGUAUGCAAAGUGUAAAAUUAUUACAUAUAAUUAGGUAAAAGAAAUUAAUAGGUGGUUCCCCAUUAAUGUUCUUUCACUGUAUUGUUCUGAUGUAUCUAAAUUAGGUAGACAUUAAAAAUCAUGAUGUAAAGAAAUUAAGACUAUGAUACUCAGAUAAUAAUAAUUAUAAAUGUAAUAUGAUUCUAUAUGAUAUCGUAAAAUAUUGAUAUAGUUAUAAUUAUGCUGUUGCAAAGUGUACUAUUUUUUCUCAUUUUUUUUUUUUUUUUUUGCUAAGAGCACAACAAUAUAUUUAAAUCAACUCUUCAAUAUUUUUUUAUUAACGUUGAAUAAUAUUUUACUUUUUUUCGAAAUAUUCAUCGAAAACUUUUUACGAGAUUAACGACAAUUUACAAUUAAAUUAUAUGGAAAAAAUAGUAUAGAGGAAAAUUGGAAAAUUUAUUUGGGAAAAAAAAAAAUAUGCUCUCAGCAAAAAAAAAUAAAAAAAAAAAUAAAGCGUUGAGUAUUCGCCGUGUACAGUGUGAAAAUAGAAAUUGUGAAUCAUUGAUGUAAUGUGCAGGAGACGCGUAACUUUUUUUUUUUUAAUUAAAUUAAUUUGUCUUUUUUAUUAUUUUUUUGGUCUUUAAGGGACAAAUAACUUGUGCAAUUAUUUUUUUUAAAUUUCCAUUUAGGUUAGUUUCAAUUGUAUGUCAAGAAUUUAAAACCUAGUUAACGACGACGGUUCUUUGUUAUCUAAGUCAGCGUUAUAUAUUUAAAUAAAAUAAUUAGUAAUUAAAGCGAAACUAAAUCACAGACGAAAAUGUAGCGCAAUUUAAAAUAAUUUCGUGAGUGAAAAUAUUUCUCGUAUUUCUAUUUUUGUCAUAAUUAAUUUUUUUGCUAUUUUUAGCAGAUUUUUUAAAAUAAAUUUUUACGUUGAUCAUUUAUCAAUUACAUCUAUAGAAAUGAAAACGGAUUUAUUAAUUUCUUUAUAUUUUAAUUAUUUCAAAUAGAAAUCUAAAUAUUACUUUAAUAGAUGAAAAUUUUUUUAAUUGUUCCUAUUGGACAAUAAAAAUAUCAAAUAAAUAUCCUGUUGGAUGUUGAUUAAAUUUAUUUAUAGAAUAAUAAUUUAUAGUAGAAAUUUAUUUCAUUGUAGGAAAAUUUUCUUUUCAGUACUUCGAAUAAUAAUUUCGCGAAUUGUAGAAAUCUUAAUUAAAAUGGAGAACAUUUUUUUUUUAUUUAUUGUACAAAUUAAAUUAUCAAAAAGAAAUUUUUAAUUUCAUUCUGUAUUGUGAAAAUUAUCAAUAAAAAAGAGUUAACUUUUAUUAUAAAGAUCGAUUCGUUCUGUGAUAGGAAUGAUGUGUCAAUAGAGACACUUUUACUAUUAUUAUAUUAUUAUUUAGGAAUCUUCGGUAUCAUAAAUUAUGUAUUCUAUUUAUAAUAUUUAAAAAAAAAACUAUGUCAAUAACUUAAACAUUUGGGACAAUUUUUUUAUUUCUAGAAUAUUAAAGGUUUUUGUUAUAAUAAAUUUUAUUUUUAAUACUGAUUUUAAAAAAAUUGAUUUACUCGAAUUUCAAAUGAAAACAAAAAGAAUGAAAAUUAUAUUCCAAAAAGUGAAAAAUAAAAAUUUCAACGAUUUUCUCUAUUUUAAAUAUGAAAAGUAAUCGUGACAUAUCAAAUGCAAAGUAUCACAUAUGAAUCGAUAAAUGCUUUUUAAAGUCCAUAUUUUUCACAAUUAAUUCCAAAGAUAAUAGAAAUCUAUAUUUCUGUGAAAAAUCUAAAUAGUAUGAGAAUAUUUUAUACUGUGAAAUAUAUAAAUAUCUAUAUUGUCAGAUUAAUUUCGUUAAUAGAUCAUUGGAAUUUAUUGUGAGUACAAACAAACAAACAAAAAAUAGCGAAAAAUGUGCCUCGAAUUGGAAACUUGUCCCAAAUGAUUUUGUAAUUUAAAAAAAUUCAGAGAAAAUCAUAUUUAUAUACAAAAACGAAUGAUUCUAUAAUGUAGAUCAUGAUUUAUGUUUUUAUUUUCACAUCUAUCCAAUCUUUCAAAUUGCAUGCGUGUAAAUUUAUAAAAACAAAUUAUAAUUCUAAUGCUAACUACUAUUAUAUAUAAAUAUAAAAAUAUUAUAUAUAUAUUAUAAAUAUGCGUAUCUGGACAAUAUUUCAUGUACACUUUGCCGACAAAAGAGAAAACAUUAUAAAAUUCUAUAUUCUCUAAAUAGAUUACCGAAGUUACCUUCUGAUGAAAAAUAAAAAAAAACAAAAAAUAUUCUAGAAACAAUUUAUACUGAUUUUUUUAAAGAUUUUUUGCGAAAGCAAUGUUUGAAAAAAGAACAAAAAUACGAAGAGACUUUUUGAAGCUAUAGAGAUAUCAAAAGAAAGAAAAAAUAUUUAAUGACAUAUAUUUCGAAUAAUCUAUAUAUAUAUAUAUAUACUUUAAAAAAUUGUGUGUAAUUGAAAUUAGUGGUAUUGUGCCUCGAGAAUUAUAAUUAAAAAAAAAAAAAAAAAAAAAAUUAUUGCACAUGUACAUAAUUGUAGUAUUCGCAGAAAGUCUUUAUUAUAAUCAGCAAAACUCGCAAAACUUCACUGUUAUUUAGUUCUAGUACCUAUGCUUGUACAUGUAUAUUAUAAAUACAAGAAAAAAAUCAGACAUAAAAAUUUGUAGGUUUAAGAAGACUAUUACAAAAUGUAUAAGGGGAUGUAAAAGAUAUCUUGUUUUGUGUAUCAAUCCCAUACGCAUUAUGUACAUCAAAAAAAAAAAAAUGCACGUGUGAAUAAUAUAUGCAAACGUAUUAGUUACUUAGA